UCGGCAAGAGUCAACAUGGAUCAAAGUAAAGACAAGAAUAAAUUUAUUUGCAAAAAUCGUGGAAAGAUUGAUUUGAAAGACAAAUUUUUUAAAGUUGACUCGCCCAUAGCCAAAUAUGAUUCCUUAGGUAAUUUAUCAUGCAUAAUAUGCAAGAUGCCUAUCAAGCCAAAUAUAUGGAAGGUACAUCUGAACUCGAAACAGCACAAACAAUAUGUUGUGCUUGCUAAACGACAAAGGGAAUUCGAGAAUAUUUCGGAAACCCUAAACACGUCUAAAAGAAUACAAAUAUGUCUUAAUGAUAAUCCUAAAAUUCAGCAACAAUCGGGCUCUGAUCAGACGGCUCACGUGACGCAAUUAAAUAAGUCUCAGGUAUUACCCGAGAAAUUUUUUGAUCAUGAGAAGUCAGUAUCUGUAUGUGGAACUGAACAAGAUCCUGAGGCGGAAUGGAUCAAAUUUCAAAAAGAAAUAAGGGAAGCGGCUACUAUUUCGAACAAUAUCAUAUCUGAGGAACAGGAAAGCGUGAAUAUUAAACGGCAUCUGAAAGAAAUUGACGAACAACUUGAAAACUGGAAAAGGUUCAUAAGAAUAAAUGAUAAAAAAAACAAGCUUUCAAAAAAAAAACGUAGGGACAUUAACACAUUUUCGGUUGAACAAGAAUCAAGUUCUAGUGAAGAAGAUAAUGUAGAUAAUUUGUCAAAUUGGAGAACAAAAAGUGUUCAUAAAUAAA